UCAGCGGUACGUCAGGAAGCGUCUGUCUACGAUCCAUCAAUAAUGGCCCAACGUCAUAAACCCCUUUCGUCAGGGACUUGCCGAUCACCUACAGAAACACUUGGCAUAUAAGCUCUUGAUGCCUUUUCCAACUUAGUCUCUUGACGGUGUCUUUAUUGUACUGGUGUUCGAGUAUUGCAGCAGCGUAACUCCCUUCUUGAAUUUUAAGCCUCAUCCUGCCAUUCGAAAGAGAAAGGUGAACAGAAACCGCGAUCAUGGACGAAGGCGAUAUCCCCAAGGAAGUCCCUCGCCAGGAAGAAUUUGCCGGCGAGCCUGAGAACAUCGUUCGCGGUCACAAGGCCAACCUCUCCAAUCCGCAAACGUCCGACAGGGCCAAGGAGAAUUCACGCAGGGUGCUCGAGUCGUAUGACGAACCAUAUGACGCAUCACAGGCGAGCCACGGCACCGCGGAGCAGGGCGACAAGGAUCCUGGUAAUGUGGUGCGCGGGCUCAAGGCGAGCAUUAGCAACCCGGGCGUGUCGGAGGGGGCGAAGAAGGCAGCCAGAGAGAAACUGGGCCAGUUGGGAGCGUGAUGGAGACUCGUUAUUGUUGAUGCUAUCUGGAAUCUUUUGAGAUGGAUCGACAGGUGUAGUGUGCGAUCGUAAGAUCAAACCAGAUCAACAAUUAAUAUGAAAAGUUUUGAUUCAUCCG